AAAAAAGCUGUAAGUCGUGUCGUAUCUAUUAUUUUCACGAAUUUCAAGCGAUAGCAGUAAGCUUCGGGGCUCAAGCUGCGACAUCUUCUAUUCGUAAGAACUACAUCAACUUGAGUCACAUUGCGCGUGUAGCACUUCAUCACUACAUACAAAGUAGAAGAUUUCUUUAGAUUCAGCAUCAGCACGCGAGAAUGGUUUUCUUUUUAUUGAUAUUUUUUUUCGCUGUCGCCGAAGCAAUGGCGGUACAGGUCGCCGCCAGCACGCGCGCGCAUUUGGAAGAUACAACGUCGAGCCGCGACACUCUGUAUUAUUCCAUGGAGUUGGGGGACGGUGAAAGUCCGAUCGCCGGCGUCAAUGCCGCUGCCGAUUCGCCGCAAGAACAGACGGUAGACCGAGAAACUGCCGAGUUUCUACGUUGGCGACUGCAAGAGCAAGUUGCAGCAGGCUCUGCAGAAGGAGUUUCGGUCUGCGUUCUUGCGACGCAACGCGUUGGUCUACCAAUGCCAACCGGAAACAAACAACCCACCAUUCCGAGCAAUGUUGACGCUCGAGCUGGACGCGGAUGAUCUUGAGAGAACUUACACCGGCCCGCGCCACGUGCCGCUCGGCCCGCAAUUUGCAACGAAGAAGCAGGCAGAGCAGGACGCAGCAAGGCGGUUCGCUGCAGUCCUGAGCCAACAUCAGAGAGUGAGUCCCGGCAGCGCGGCGACUCGACGAAGCGAGACUUUUGAGUUGGUGGAGGAUGACGGCGCGAACGGAAGAGCCGAAGAACCAACACCGGGACAACUGCAGUCGGCCCUUGCGGCACUGAUGCUGACGGAUGAAGGAGGCGUAGGCAAAGAGGAGACUGCGCCCGAGGAGGACGGGGACGUCGCUAGCACUGUGUCUCCCUGCUCGCCGUGGCACGCAAGCGCAUGCGCAUCUUCCCCCUCAGUAUCACCGCAGCAGCGCUCAUCGCUUUCGUCUCCUAACAGGGCCCGCAGCCCUGUGGGACGAAACGGAUCUGAGGCCUACUCUCCCGCACGACGCACAGCUGCCGGUGUCGGGCCUGCAAGCAGCGGCUUCCGGAGUCUGACCAGCAUUUACGGCGUUCCGCCGGUCUUGUCUCAUGAAAGUAGUACUGGCGAGCCCGAGCAGUCUGUCCCCUGGCCCGGCGGAGGACCAGGGGGCUUGGCUGCCGGCUCUGGCGAGGAGGCCCACGGACGAAGGACUUCGUCCGCGCGGACAAGCCGAUCUCCAGCCCGCAGCUCCUUUCACAGACAGGGAACUUCGCCUCGCUCUCCAACCCGGCAGACCCAGGCAGAACCGUCGCGCGCGGCCGAGGCUGAGCAGGUGGGCGCAGCCGCAGCAACCGUCGACACAGAUGCUGCAGUCAUCUCUACGCGAGGAGGAGAGCCGACGGAGGGCGCGGAAUCAGGACGGGGACAAGAGAGCCAGAUUAAUUCUGGGUGGAGCCGAGAUCUUGGUCAGGAGAAUGACAUGGAUCGAGCUACGCUGAGUAAUCAUGGAAACAGUCCGGCGCACAACUCCCCGGAAUGGGAAUCGCAUCCCUCAGACGCAGCGGUCCUGCGAGCGCUGAAACAAACUGGAAUUGCUGAUGGUAAACGUAAAGAAGUACCGAUGCGCGAAAUCUACCUAAUUGCUAAGGGUUUGGACCCGAAAUUUAAUCGUAUUCAAGAAGAGGGGGUGCGCGGAAGAAUGAAGAAGCAGCUAUCGGGGCUUGACUACGAGUUGAGUCCCACCAUGAAGUCGCCCACGGUGCGAAAAAAAAUAUCCCAUUAGGAAAGUAACUAGGUGGCUAGCACUCGGUCUAAGAAUAUAUAUAGGAUAACGUGCUGCCUUCGCUGUGACGUGUCUUUGAUAAUUAUAGCCGCACCAUUGAUGAACAACCAGAGAGCCGCUUUAUGUAAAUACGUUUUUACUGUCAACAAAAAAAAUGUUUGAUGUUCGUACAACCUGUAUGAUAUUGAUAGGAAGGAAGAAGUAAGCACUUGUACUUGACAAAAAGCGCUGAAUGGCUUCCGUUCUCUCAGCUUCAGUUUGAAGCGAGGAUCGAAAACGGACUUUAAAAAGGUCUCCAACCGCAACCCAACAGAACUCGAUUUAUCUCUGAGCUAGAAAGGAGACAUCUUCCCGUGCUGGAGAUGAUAGGCAAACUCGCCCACUCGGGGUCCCGUGCCGGCGGGCUAAGAUAACAGGAUGAAACCUAUAGAGAAGCACACUAAAAGAUAAGUAGAUAGAAUGGCAAACAUAUAAAAAAGACAGGGGCGCCUUCCUUUUAGGAAUCAAUAGUGUAAGUGGAGUACGUCGUGACUCUUCUAGCACUUAUUUUGAUUUCUGGUAUCGCUAACCGACACAGUCACGCACGGAUCUUGCGGGGACAAAGCGAAAGUUUUUGGUUCUGAAAGAUACACAAAAAAAAAGAAGGACAUACUGAGAUGAACGACGAUGCUUAGAAGUUUGCUAUUGUUUCCAAAGUGGCUCCGCUUCUAUAUUACAUUCGAAGAUAUUACUAGCAGAUGACUCAUAUUACGGAUUAAAGGCUGAAGUCAAGCUCUAGCUCAAGUUGUAUUCGAGGUCACCGCAACCCGUAGAGCUCGUGCUCUACGAGUUCAUCUUGAUUUUUCGUCCUACCAAACUCAAAUCCGAAGCAGCCCUCAAUAAAAAGAUAGGACACAUUCACAAGAACGCAAAACGUCAACGAUAAAAUGAACUUUCAAAAAAUCCAUUGAGCACUGAAAAGGAGAACAAACAACAAUACUACCACAAAAAAUACUAGUACCGCAAGCGUGGCCGUGGUGAUAAAGCACAUAUGAAUAUUUAUUUCAAUCGUGACUGUGACUAAGAUGAAGAACAAGGAACUAACACCGUCGAGAUGGACCGCCAAGAAUCGACGAGAACAGACAGACACUACUUGAAGAGUUUAUGUAUGAUUAUGAGCAGAAAGUAGAUAUACAUGUAAGAUAGAAAUAAAAUACUGAG